GUCAAUAAACAUAAAUAUUGACACAGUAUAGAGCUCCACUGACCAUGGAAUCACAUGAGGGCUCACCAUCACCGCCCCCACCCUCAGACCCACCCCCUAGCUUGCCGCCACCGUUACCAGCCAGACCUCGCAAAAUUCCGCCCCAGCAACCACUUCCAGUGCAGGAAGACAAUCAUUUCGACAAUGAGGUGGAGGGCGAAGUCGACGAUGAAAUUUCACAACAAAUGACAGCUUCAUACAGUGAAAUUUCUUUCAAAUCAGGGAUCAGUCCCGAACUUGAAGCCCCCUUGUCUUUAACCAUGGAUCCUAUACCGCUAGCCGAACACAUAAUGCAGAGACCCGUUACUCUGAGUUGUGAUAGAAAUAUCCCCUCUUGUAAGCCACUGGGGCCUUUGAAUCUAGAGGGCACGGUGCACGUAGAGGGGAACAUGACACAUUUUGUAGCUGAAGAUUUAGAAUAUAAAAUAAAGUUGUCUAGUCCUGUGACAAAGAAAGGAGGUGAUACGCCUCCUUUACCAGGGGGCUCCAGGAGUUGCACCCCUAGCACUCUCUACAGGCAGUUAUUGGUACCACAAGUGGGGCAGUUGGAUUCAGGGUUGUUGAAUGAUUUGGAGUGUGAGGCGCAAAAAAUGGCCACUUCUAUUGAUAAUUUGACUGAAAAUUUGUGCGGGAUUUUACAUUCUAUUUCAUCAAUUACGGCUGAUAAUGUAGAUGUCUAUAAAAACGCAGUGUCGAAAAUGUCCGACGCCAUGGAUUCAAACAUUAAAAGUAUGUACACCAUGAUGGCGAAAACAGAAGAAGUUACGCAAGCUAUGAAGACGGUACAAAAUCACGCAGCUAGGAUAAAAGAAAUUAAAAGGUUAGUGGACCUGUUUGAAAGUUACGUUUGAGGCGAAAUUUAGGAAAUACGUAUUAAUUCUGUAGAUAGACAAUGAAAGCAAACUGUUGCACAAGUGACCAACAAACGAUGCCUAAACUUGUUUAUAUAAGAUCUUGUGCUCCAUUUUAACGGUGUUCACGCGUUUAUUAGUAUCAAGGCUUUUUGUUGACGCUACGUUGUUAUAAUUUUAUAUUUUAUCUGCUUGUUAUACACCUUUUUAUUUAUUAAUUCGCAGUAUUGUUUUAAAUUUUAUUUCAUCAUUCCUGAGCGUUUUAACGGAUUUUUAUCUCUCCGACAAUGUUUAGCUAUUUUUGUAUAAUAAAAUUCUGUUACCAAA